CCUCCCCCGCCGUCCACUCGCCCCGUUGCAUGCCCCCGUGUACUUUCGUCGACAUUUAACACUGGGGCUUCUCUCGCCCGUGGGCCUUUUUUUCAGACUCCAUCCGUAUUUCUGCGCCGUGUAUCCCGUCGGAUCGCCUUUGUUUACAUCGCCAUGGCCGCUGCCGGCGCGAGGGCGCAGAAGCCGGUGGGCUCUGCCGCAUGGAUCUCGACCGAAAAAGAGAACGUGACGCAGCUGGUGGAUCAGGAGAUGGAAGAAGUUGAAUACCCAGUGCGCCAUGAAAUGGAUUGGUUGAACGAACAUAUGUCCGAGAUCUUUUCCAACAAUCAAUUCAAUUUCACAGAAGCGUUUAAGACGCCUGGCAAGCUCAGGGGCAAAACGCCUCGCACUGCCCGUAAGCGAGACGCAAACGAACCUCGACUGCCGUUGAGUGAAGUCUUUUCUUCCUCCCACAAGCGCGUCGAGAACAAGUUCAAUGCUAGCCCGGCAGCUCAUCGAUCGCCUACAAAGGCCAUUGCCCCUCCUACUUUAGCCCCUAGUCCAACCAAGGCCAAAAACAGCACCGAGACUGCGUCGCAUCCCGAGUACCCCGACCUGAGCAAAAAUCUCAACUCUUUCCCCAAAUACAACACCGACUCGGGCUAUCAUGGCAUGCAAGAUGACGAGGAGGAAGAAGAGGAAGACGACGACGAUAUGGUCUUGACCCAGGUGCAGCCUGAGUCUCAGACGUCAACACAGCCUUUUGAGAAGGAGCCAACUCCGGCAAAUACACAGGAGCACCGUUCGUCCCCUGCCCGUCGCACAACGGGAGGCUCAUUCCAUUCGGCGCAAGAGGAGCGUGAUGAAACGGUCGAGCCCGUUCAACCCGAGCCAUCCCCGAAGAAGCCCAGCGACGAGCCUUCUCCCGAAUCCCCGCCGAAGAAUCAAGAAGCGGAACCGACCGAAAAUUCUAGCCCAGUGCAACAAAAGACGUCCGAGCCGAUAAAGGAACCGGAACCCGCGCACGAACCUGCCCCAGAACCGGAGACGGCGCAUGAAGAGGAGCAACAGAAAGUCGAUGAAGAACAUGUCGACGAGCAGGAACCGGAGCCGGAAUUGAAACCCGAAGAUCACGCAGCGCAAACACCUGCCAAGUCGUCGCCCGUGAAAGCCCCUAUGGAAGCCCCCGUGGAGCCUUCUUCCGAGCCUCAGCAUGAGCAAAAUGAAGAAGAGAACCAAGAAGACGAAGAGAAUGAUGAUGAGAAGGAUGAGAUGGCUCUUGACGAUAACCUCGACGACAUCGGAUCCCCUUCGGAUGGUUCGACACCGGAGCGCCCCCCGAUCCGCAAGAGCAGCUUGUCAUUCGCAUCGCUCCCUGCCCGCGAACCGCUGAUGAAGAGAAGUCUGGGAGGCUCAAGGCUUUCUCGCACCAGCCACAUCGAUACUUCCAAACUCGGUGGUAUCGGUGGUUCUAACUAUCUUGGCAGGCAGACGGGUGGCCACAGGAUGACCCAGGCAGCUGCUGAUGACAAUGCAUCGCUAAAUGAUAAAAUGGACGUUGAUAAGAACAAAGAGACUGUUCGUGAUGAUGACCAGGAUGCGGAGACCCGGGCCAGCAAACUACACACCAAAUCUUCCACCCAGCGGCUUCAUGAGAAAAUCAGCAUGCUCGGAAAGCUUCAGCCGUCGCGACCCACGAAAUCCAUUCCCUCGGCCCCCAGUUUGGCUCCUACGACGCAAGUGUCAUAUCCCGAACUUCCAUCAGCGAAGCCGGAGAGCAAGCCGGAGGAGAACAGUCGCAAGUCCCACGAGGAGACGCCGGCGCCGGAGCCUAUGGCGGUCGACGACGAUUGGAUCAAGCCCUUCAGCUCGCCUUACAAGACCAUGCCCAAAACCCAGACAAAGGAUCUUGGAGAGAAGAAACCCUCUCCGGCUACCGAAACGGAUCGCAGCUCGAAGAAAGAUAACGCUUCCAUUUUCCGCAUCGACAGCACGAAUGAUGGAGAGAAAUCUAGGGCCAGCGCAAAGCAAUCUUCCGAAGAAGCCCGCGAAAAAUCCUCCACGCCGGUCUAUGCAUCGCCGCACCGCUCCUUCCACAAGCGAAACGGAUCCUUUUCCUACAACGACUCUCAACGGUCUACUACGCCAGUCGGCUCUCCCUCGCGUCAUCAGGAUGGUCCGAUCAGCGCUUCCAAGUCCCGACUACAGUCCAUCGUUAGAUCUGCGAGGGGCCUUUUCUCGAACGCCGGAGGUGUUUCUGCAGCCGCCAGAGUUGAGGCCUCUUCUCCCAGCGAGCCGCCCAGCGUUGCUCCUCAGCCUCGUGAGCGCGCCAACACGGAUGCCGCCAGUAAGAAGCAACUGUCUGCUCAGCCUUCGAGUCCACGACCCGAGGGCCGCAGAACUCGGAGCUCGACGGAGCAGAAGCGCAAGCAGAAGGAGUUGGAGGAUAGAAAGCGCGAGGAGGAGGAAGAGGAAGAACGAGCCGAGAAGGCCAGAGAAGAGAAGCAGCGGGCGGCUCAACUAAAGGCUGCCCAGGAGAAGGCUGCACAAGAGAAGGCCGCGCAGGAGAAGGCCGCGCAGGAGAAGGCCGCGCAGGAGAAAGCUGCUGCAGAACAGGAGGCCCGUGCUGCUCAGAAUUCGACCUCCAUCACGGCCCCAACCCCUCAGCGGAUCCCUCAGAUGCAAAGGCAUACGUCGAGGGAACCGGAAGCUACUUCCCAGGCAUCCAAGCAGAAUCCUGAGCGCCGACCUGUCAAGCCCAACCGGGAAACGCUGCAGAAGCCCAAACCUCAGCCCGUGUCUAUCCGAGUGGGUAGUGCUCUUUCUCGACAGAUCCCGAUGGCGUCCAGCGUGACCGAAUCGAACCUUCCUGCGCCCACGCCAGCUUCGACUUCUAAGCAACCCGGUCUCAAGAAGAAGGCCAGUAACACUUCCUUGCACACUGCGUCCUCGAACAGCAGUUUCAAGAGCACAGCGUCCACCCAGUCGCAACGGAAAGUCCAGCUCGCAAGUGAGAGGAAGAGGGAGCAAGAGGAGCGCGAGGCACGUCGCAAGGAAGAACAGAGGCGUGAGUUGGAGCGCCGACGGGCUGCUCAGCAGCAAGAAGAGGCGCGUCGUCAGGAGAUGCGAAGUCGUGCCGAGAAUGAACGGCGGGAGCGACUUGCCGCUGAGGACCCUAAGAAGGCCGCUCAGAUGCAGGCAAUUGAAAAGCGAAGACUGGAGAAUGCCCGGCGAUUGGAGAGACAGGGGAGUCAGCAGCCUAGUGACACGGCACCAUCGACGGCGCCUCAGUCCGCACAGCCCGGUCGGCCUGCGUCCAGACUUGGAUCUAUUCAGCCUUUUGGUCGUUCGAUAAACCCCCCUCAACCUAACCCGGCCAAACCACCAAAGCGCGGGUUGGACGAGGAGGCGAGCCAUCGCCCGGCUGCAACGAAGACCAGCACCAUCCAGCCUUCCGGCGAGACCAAGCGGAGAAGAACGGAAGACGAACACAACCCCGUUAUGCGACCUACGAUGGCGCCGCCUAUUCGUCAGUCGAAUAUCCGGAAGGAAUCCAACAUCCGAAAAGAUCCUACAAAGCCUUCUAUCUUCAGUCACGGUAAACCCUCCAUGUCACACCAGGCUGGAUCGUCGAUCUUCAAGACUGCUCAGCCUCAGAGGCCUGCUCACCCCAUGGACAUGGCCAAAUACACGACCGGCAAGAUUCCGUUCGCGGAGCCCUCGAACGCCCAACCCGCUCAACAGUCCGCGCCGCACAAGACUCCUGGUGCCAGCUCAUCGCAGAAGGCCCCGGCCAAGCCGUCGCCCAAGUACCCCAGCGGCGAGAACAUCCAUCUCCCCGAGAUCGCCACCGACAGCGAAGACGAAGACUCGGAGGCCGAGAUGCUCCCCGUGCCGAAAUGGGCUCAGCCCAAGGAGCUCGAGAGCCUUCUCCGCCAGCAGGAGGGAAUGGAGGUGGACUCCAUCUUCGGGCCCAUCGCUCCCUUCUCGCUCGAGGACACCUUCAAGGCCGACAAGAAGAUCAAGAAAUUCCGCGAGCGAACCAGCAGUGCGAACUGGGCCGGCACCGACGCAUUGACGCAGGAGGAGAUCCGUCGCGAUCUGGCCGAGCGACAACGUUUGCGCUUGAAUGGCGGGUGGACCUUUGGCAAUUAAUUCCCUCCUUUUUUUUACUUUCCAUUUUCUUUCUUACCACUUGGACUUUUGACUAUUUAUCUCACUGGUUCUAUUUCUUCUGGGCUCAACCUUCAUGGCAUGGUGGUGUUUUCUAUUUUUUUGCGAGUUCAUUCUAAUCAUGAUGUAUCGUAUCGUAUCAUCCAGGGGGUUCUGGUGGUUUAGGUUUCUGUUUUUGUGCGGUUGUUUUAUUCCCAUAGAGCUUAGGUUUGAUCAAUGAUGAAUGGCUCUUUUAAC